AUGCCCGAGCUUCCUGAGGUCCAUCGAGCUGCCAAUUUGCUACGGUCCCUCACACUUGGCAGGCGAAUCACUAAGGUGGUCACUAAUGAUGAUACCAUUGUAUUCGCCGGUGUUACUCAUGAAGAAUUUGCCAAGGAACUCACGAAUAGGACAGUGACCAAUGUGGGGCGGUACGGCAAGAACUUUUACAUGGAGUUAAACGAGAAAUGUAGAACACCCGUCAUGCAUUUCGGAAUGACCGGUAUGCUGCAGGUUCGAGGUGAACUUCCCAUCCAUUACAGAGAGACGCCACGAAAAGCGUCUACGGACUGGCCACCACGGUUCAUGAAGUUCGUCAUGCACAUCGAGCCAGAAGAUUCCACGCCGUCGACCCCCACCGUCUGCACCGAAAUAGCCUUCCUUGACGCUCGCCGUCUAGGCCGCAUCCGCCUCGUCUCCGGCUCCCCUCUGGAGUCUCCACCAAUCUCCAAUCUCGGUUUCGACCCUGUCCUCUCAAUGCCAGAUCUACCUACGUUUUCUUCCCUCCUCCUGAAACGUUCAUGUCCCAUCAAGGCGCUCCUUCUGAACCAGUCUUUCAGUGCCGGCGUUGGUAACUGGGUAGCAGAUGAGGUUCUGUACCAUGCAGGGGUACAUCCCGAGCAGAGGUGCAGGACCUUGUCUGAAGAACAGGUAGAGAAAGUGUGGAAGUGGACGAGCGAGAUUUGUAGGAUUGCGGUGGAUGUCAAUGCUGAUGAUGAGAAGUUCCCCGAAGAUUGGUUGUUCAAGCACCGUUGGGGCAAGGGCAAGAGCAAGAAAGGCAAAGCUGCAGAAGCACUGAAAUUACCUUCUGGAGAACCAGCAACAAUCAAAUGGGUCACAGUUGGUGGCCGGACGUCUGCAUACGUCGCUGAGCUACAACAGCUUCCAAGCUCUGCAACCGUGAAGGAUGGAAUACUGGUAAACGACGAACCGAACGAGAGCGAUCUCACUCCCAUAUCCGAGCCAGACACAGAAAUCGCGGUCAACACGAUUGGGAAGAAGCGGAAGGCCUCCGCGGCGACCGAAAACAAGCAAACCAAACCAAAAAGAGCUACAUGCUCAAAUUCAAAGGCUGCAGACCACGCCACAGACGACAAGAAGUCAGUCACUCGGUCUCGAGCGGUAAGAGCUAAAGCGAAGAAAUAG